AUGGGCUUCCGACUCCCGGCCGCCGCUUUGCGCCCUCUGCGAUCUUCAGUCCUCCUUAAGCCUGCUGCGCAACAAACACGAUGGCUUGCCACACCGACACCGUUCCCAGUAACACAGAACAUGACCAGCUCUCGGGGGCCGACAGCCAUGGUCUUCCUGAAUAUGGGCGGCCCCUCCACAACGGAUGAAGUUGGCGAUUUCCUCAGUAGAUUAUUUGCCGAUGCUGAUCUCAUUCCUCUUGGCCGCCUGCAAAACUACCUCGGUCCCCUCAUCUCGAAGCGUCGUACCCCCAAAAUCCAGAAGCAAUACGCUGCCAUCGGUGGCGGUUCGCCCAUUCGCAAAUGGUCUGAGCUCCAAUGCGCGGAGAUGUGCAAGCUACUCGACCAGAUCUCCCCUGAGACUGCCCCUCAUAAGCCCUACGUCGCCUUCCGCUACGCCAACCCCCUGACCGAGCAUAUGUACCGGCAAUUAUUGGCGGAUGGUUUUGGUAAUGGAAAAGGAGGUCGCGCCGUUGCUUUUACACAAUACCCACAGUAUUCCUGCUCGACAACGGGAAGCAGUCUGAACGAGCUCUGGAAGUGGAGGCAGAGGCUGGAGGGUAAGGCCGGGCCGCUGGACGACGGGAGCGAUGGGACUAUCAAGUGGAGUGUGAUUGAUCGAUGGCCGGUCCACCCUGGAUUGGUCGAGGCUUUUGCGCAAAACAUUGAGGCAAAGUUGCAGGAGUAUCCUCCCGAGAGGAGGGACAAGGUUGUCUUGCUGUUUUCUGCGCACAGCUUGCCUAUGACGGUCGUGAAUAGGGGCGAUCCCUAUCCUGCCGAAGUUGGUGCGACAGUCCACGCUGUCAUGCAGAGACUAGGCCAUGUCAACCCUUACAGACUAUGCUGGCAAUCUCAGGUUGGCCCUCAGCCAUGGCUCGGCCCGCAAACCCAGAUGUCAGUUGAAGAGUACAUUGCCAAGGAUCAGAAGGACUUGGUCUUGAUUCCCAUUGCCUUCACCUCCGAUCACAUCGAGACUCUCUACGAGCUCGAUGAGGAGGUGAUUGGCGAGUCGGGCCACAAGGACACUGUCAAGCGUGUGGAGAGUUUGAACGACAGCCCUGUGUUUAUCAAGGCUUUGGCUGACUUGGCCAAGACCCAUCUGGACAGCGGGAUUGCGACUUCACCACAGAUGAGUUUGAGGUGUCCUGGCUGCAAGAGCGACAGAUGUCACGAGUCGAAGAAGUUUUUUGCCGCACAGGAGCUGGCAUAA